AUGUUCGGCUUUCGCUGGAGGUCGCGUACAAAGGCUGAGCCCGAUCGGAGUGGGCCGCCAUACAUUCGCACUUCACCGUCCCUGCCGGAACUGGCGAGCGAAGGAAUACCAUGGCCGGAGAACUUGGUUGAUCCAGCAUCUGUAUCUCAAGCGGACGCUGCAUCGCCGUCGGAUCCCCCGAAAGGUGCGGCCAAAACUCUCUUUCGUGCAGAUGGCUCCGGUCCCAUUGCGUUCCAUAAACCAUGGUCGUUACCAGACAAACCUGCGGGCGGGACCAUAUCGGCACUGUACACUUCUCCCCCGCCGCCGCCUCCGCCUUCUGCAUUUGAAACGCGCAAGCAGCCUGCUCGCAUUCGCACGCGGGUGAAUCAGCGUAAAGUGCGCGCUCCGACGAGCUUCAAUGUGAUGGUUGUCGGUGCUCAGGGUACAGGGAAGACGUCCCUUCUCCGGCUGCUGCUGGACACUGCCGAUGUCUCGCCAACCGCCACGCCCGAACAGAAGGCGUCGAUGGAUCGCUUCCUGAACGGCAGACCGAAACGCACAGAGUCCAUCCAGACGACGUGCGUGGAAAUCUGCGAAUCGCGAUACGAUCGCAUCCUGCUCUCCGUGAUCGACACGCCGGGUCUUGACUUUCAUGAAGGUCACGAGCUCAGACUCGAACGUCAGGUCACCGGAGUCGUCAAGUACCUCGAUGCCCAGUUUGCGGACACGUUGAGCGAGGAGUCCAAGGUAGUUCGGCAAAGCAAGGGAGACCAGCACGUGCAUCUAUGCAUAUACAUGAUCGAUCCUAAAUCUAUCAUGAGCACCUCACUGCGGCGUGCCUUGUCCUCGCUUCCGGAAAAGACACGUUCACAAGCAACCAUCUCUCACCCACCGGACCUCUCGUCCUUCUCAGACGACUCCACCUCGGACGACUCAGACGACGAGUCCUCGAGCGAACUGACAAUGUCGCCCGCGGACCUCCGAGUAAUCAAGCGUCUCUCCACACGCGCAAACGUCCUCCCGGUGAUCGCACACGCAGACUCGCUCACGGACGACACCCUCGCGGAAAUGAAACGGGCCGUGCGACGUGAUCUGCACCGUUCCGGUCUCGACUUUGGCGUCUUUGGGCCUGUUCCGGAGGAAGACCCCUCGAGCAAGCGCUCGACGAAGGUGGAAGCGCACCAGGAUGCUAACGGUUCUGCCCAGCAUGAGGACAGCGAGCCUGAGGAAGAACCUGUGGAGGAGCGGCGCUCGCGUCCUGUGAUCAAGCUCCGUCCCACGCGGCACGCGCAGGGUCGCCGUUCGUCGCGUUCGCGUUCGCGCUCCCGCAUGAGCCUGUCUGAGCUCGCGGCACACGAGCAGGCCCUGCCCGACACGACGGACGCAGAGAGCAUCGCGAGCGUGCGCUUUUCCGCGCAUGUGGUCUUCAAGAACGACCUCGGUGCUCAGCUGCCUUUCGCUCUCAUCAGCCCCGAGCGCAUCCGGCGUGGGCGGCCACUCAAGCCACCCGCGCCUCCACCUGGACUAGAUCGUCGCUCCGUCCACACCGACACUGGGACAGUCGUCACGACAGCGUUGUCGGAGGACGGCCACGCGGUUUCGACGGCAGAGUCGACGCAGGCAUCGCCAGUGACGCCUACGAGCCCGAUCUCCCACCGCAACCUUCCCCUCCCGUAUCUGGCCGGCCCACCGGCUGACCUGAAGGGCAUGUUCACCCGCAAGUUCAGGUGGGGGACGAUCGACGUGCUCAACCCUGCGCAUUGCGAUUUUGCCGCAAUGAGGAUUGCGGUGCUGUCGACGCAUUUGAAGAUGCUCAAGAUCAGGACGAGGGAAGUCUUGUAUGAGCAGUUCCGCACCGAAAAGCUGCUUGCGAAGCGCGCGACCUCUCAGUUUACAGAGGCGGAGACGCGCAAACUGCUGGCAGAUCUUGGGAUUUGA